UUUUUUUUUUUUUUUUUCGUUAACAGAAACACGGUAUUAAAAAAAAUGAACGUGAACGAAAAAUCUUGUCGAAAUUGUGUUGUUCUUAAAGCACAACUUGAACAACAAGAAGCUAUCGUGGCCAAAUAUCUAAAGAUAGUACAAUCUCAAUCGGAACUAAUACAAGAUUUACAGAACAAAUCAUCAACGGUUGGAACAUCCCCAAAACCUUCACCUCGUAGGCAAUAUUCAACAAACUAUACGAACUAUAACGGAUGGGAUACGACUUCCAAUGAUCCAAAUAAUAAAAAAACUCGUGGAGGUUACCGCGCUUUUAUCGGCUCUAUUACAAGUGAAAUCGACAAAGAUUCAUUAAAGAGAUGUCUUGAAGAUUCAUUUGGCAAAGUAGAUAGUAUUGAUAUUAUAACUUCAAAGGCCUGUGCGUUUGCGGAUUUUGCUUCACCAACCGCAUAUCAUAAUGCUGUUAGCGAAGGUGCCGUGUUAGUUAAUGGAAUAGCAUUAAGCGUCGAAAGAGUGAGAAGACCUAAACCACGAAAAUGAAUUUACGCAAACGAAAAACACACACAACAUUAUCUAUCAUUCUUUAUUUAAACGCGGGCGAUUAAAAAAAAAAAAAAGAAAUGGUUCGAGUUUUAUCAUUUAAAUCAUUUAUUUUUUUUUUUUGCGAUUUUGAAUU